CACCCCUCAUUUUCACUGACACCAGUGCUUAAUAUAAAAUCCUUGCCUUUUACCUCACUUUCCUCUCUUUAGGGAUUGAAGAGUACUGGCAUAUCAGCCUCACCUAUCCCUACUUUUUGAAGAAAACCCGCCCGAAAUGAAUUGAUAAUUCAAGUUUCCGUCGAGUUAGGUCACUUUGUUGCUCCAUUUCGCUUCGGAUUAGUCAGUUUUAGGGUUUGGUGGUUUUUUGUUGGUUUACUGUUUACGAUCUCGGACACGGCGUUGUCUUUCUGUGAAUUUGAAGCUUAUAAAAUCUCUGUUUUUAUGUCAUGGAAGAUACACAGUCAGUUGUGACACUUAUAGACUCGACAGCCUCUAAGAUACAGCAGCUUCAGAAAGCAUUUGCUGAACUUGAAAGUCAGCGUGCUUUAACACUUAAUCUGAAAUGGAAAGAACUUGAGGAACAUUUCAGUGGUCUUGAGAAGUCCUUGAAGAGACGCUUCCAUGAGUUGGAAGACCAAGAAAAGAAGUUCGAGACAAAAACAAGGAAAGCUUGUGAAAUGUUGCAGAAGCGUGAAGCUGCUGUAGUAGCCAAAGAACAAACUACAUUGGUCAGGCUACAAGAGAAGAGAGAUGCAGCUGUUUUUGCCAUUACGAAUGCUCUAGAGAAGCAAAAGAAAUUAUCAUCUGAGCAACCUGCUGAUGUUGACUGUAAUGGAGGCAGUGGUGAACUCUCAGUUGAGGAGAAACCACUUGAUUCAGUAGCUACUGAAAAUAACUCCGAGGAUAUUAAAAGUUCUUUUGAAAAUGGAAAUUUCGAGGUGAAAUCUUAUCCUCAAUUAGUUAAACUAUGUGAAGAGAUGGAUUAUGAAGGACUGCAGAAGUUUAUUUCAGAUAACCGUAAGAACCUUGCUGCACUGAAGGAGGAAAUUCCUUGGGCAUUGAAAGCUGCAGCAAACCCAGCUCGAUUGGUCCUGCAAUCUUUGAAAGGAUUUUACCUUUCAGAAGUGCCAAAUGCAGAUGGAAAAAAAGACUCAAAUCUACUGGGGCUUAGGCGAACCUGUAUUAUGUUGAUGGAAUGUCUUAGCUUCUUGCUAUCUAAUCUGGAUAUUGUUUCUGUUUCUUUUCUGAUAUCAGAAGAUAUUAAGGACCAAGCAAAAUUAAUUGCCGAGGAAUGGAAACCGAAGUUGGAUUCUCUUGACAUGGAUGCUAGUAAUGGUAACUCAUUGGAAGCUCAUGCUUUUCUGCAGCUUCUUGCCACUUUUGCUAUUGCUUCCAACUUCAAUGAAGAAGAACUUUCAAGGCUGAUACCAAUGGUCUCCCGUCGUCGACAAGCAGCCGAUCUAUGUCGUUCCCUUGGCUUGUCUGAGAAAAUGCCAGGUGUAAUUGAAGUUCUGGUGAAUAGCGGAAGACAGAUUGACGCAGUUAACCUGGCUUUUGCAUUUGAGCUGACACAGCAGUUUUCACCUGUACCUUUGCUGAAAUCCUACUUGAAGGAUGCAAGAAAAGCUGCUUCACCUGUCAAGCUUGGAAAUGCCUCUCCCACUGCCCAGACUGAAGUUAGUGAGCGAGAGUUGCCUGCUCUAAAGGCUGUGAUCAAGUGCAUUGAGGAGCAUAAUCUUGAAGAGCAAUACCCUGUCGAUCCACUUCAGAAGCGGGUUCUCCUUUUAGAGAAGGCUAAGGCAGACAAUAGGAGGGCAACUGAAGCUGCCAAGCCUCAACCGAAGAGGCCUCGUGCCAAUGGUGCUGGGUAUGGUCCUCGAAUCGCUAACGUAGCUGUUGACAAAACAUUCUAUCCUAGAGUUACUGAUAGAUACAUGCAGUACGUGUAUGACAGACCCUAUGUUUAUCCUGGACCUGUUGACAACUACAGCCACUCUCUUGUUGGUUCUGCCACCUACAACUUCUCUCCCAACCAUGGCAACUACUUCGGAAAUACCGGUAUCAGGUUUCGGUUCUUCACUAAUUAACAACAAAAAAGGUAGCCCCUCUCACUUUAGCUGUUAGCCUUAACCUUUCAGGUGCAGUGUAUGAAUGAAUUUAGUAUUUAAAAAGAAACAACAAAAAAUGAAAAAAAAAUGCGUUGUUAAUUUUAAUAUGGUGUAGACCAAGAUAUUUUGAUCCUCUAAUAUAUGCAGUCUGUUUUAUAUGUAU